AUGAGUAAAAUCUAUGAUGGUAGUGAGUCACCUAUUAUUUCUCCUGUUAAAAUUCAAAUGGAUUAAACAGCAAACGAUUUUGAUGUAAAAUAAUUUACAAAUUUCUAUUGUUUUAAUAGCGAUCAAUUAAAAAAGCAAGCACUCAACUAUUUGAAGAAAAUACCAAAUAAGAGGACGAACCAUGAAAACUAUAUGAUCUUUAGGGCGAUGAUGCAAAUCAAAUUUUUUAAAGAACUGGCAUAAGAUUAUGGGAAGGAAACGGCUGAAAUUUGUUGCUCUUGUUUAAGAUAUAAAUGCACUUAACCUGGUUAAACAUUAUUCAAGCAAGGUGAUAGAGGAGAUGCUUUUUACAUAAUAAUGAAGGGCAGCGUUGGAGUAAAUAUUAAAACCUAUACAUCAAUAGAAGAUGGUCAAAAAAAGGCAGAAUUAAGCGUAGAUUAUAAUAAGCUUUAAAUAUCUCCAAAUCAAAAUCACAAAGAAAAAAAUUAAGCCAUCUUCUAAAAGGCUACAAAUAAACUUAUGGUUAUGAAUAGCAUACAUAGAAAUUCAACUGAGUAGAAAAUUUCUUAUCAUAAUGAAAUCCAUAUAGAUGUUUUAGAGAGAAAGAAUGAAGAUUUUGAAGAAAAGGUAUUGCUUCAGCCAAUUUUAUAAGAAGUCAAAGAGUUAAAGACAGGAGAUUCAUUUGGAGAAUUAGCUCUAUUAAAAGGAACAAAAGGCUCUUUAAGGGCAGCAACCAUCAUUAGCAAAGAGCUUACAUACUAUGCUUACUUAGUAAAAGAAGAUUUUUAAAACAUUUUAAAGGACAAAGAGUAAGGUAAACUAGAUUAAAAUAUAGCUAACUUUUCAAAGUGUAAACUAUUUGAAGGUUUAGAUGAGAAUGAAUUGAGAACUAUAUUUUUAUAUUGUUAAAAUAAAUAAAUGAAGAGAGAUCAUGUAGUAUAUAAAUAGAAUGAUACAUCUGAUUUCUUCUAUAUUAUCAAAUCAGGAGAAUUUUAGAUUAUAAAAUCUCAAUAAAUUAAAGACAAAAAAGAUGUUUAAUACUAUGAGGACGUUUAAAUGCCUUUAAGUUUUCGUAACUACCAUGGCAGGAUUUAAAAAGAAAUUGCUAUUUCUAUAUUAUCUUCAGGGUAAUUUUUUGGUCAUAUGGAGAUACUUUAGAAGACUACUAGAUAAUAUGCUGUUAAAUGCAUCAGUAGUUAAGGUGAGCUUUAUGCAAUAUCAUCAAAUCACGAUGAAAAGUUUAAAGAUAUGAAUGAGUAAAAUUCUCAUUUGCUUUUAUAAAAUUCUUAUGAUAAACAGUUUUAUGACAAAAUUCUUCAUUAUACAAAAAAUACAUCAGUUAAGCUCCCAAGUGUUUUAUAAAAUAUUAUGUUUAAUUCUAGAGGAUUGAAUAAUAGUAAAGUUAAUAUCAAGGAAAAUUAAAGCUUGUGUCUGAAUCAAUAAGAUUAGUUAAAAUAGUAGCAAUCAUUGUUAAAUUCAUCUGUAAACUAAUAAAGUUAAAGCCAAUUAAGCUAAAUUGGUUUGUCAAAAUAUGCAAUUAAUACAAAUUAAUCUAUUUUUAAUGAUGACAAAAAAAGAAAACUAAACAACUCAACUUCUAUUGCAUCAAAUUUAAUGAUUUAAAGCUAAUUUGAGGGUAAAGAACAAAGAUUAAAUGAAAAUAUGCCUAACUAAUUAAAUCUUAAGAAAUAAUUUUCAGAGUUAUCUUUUAGAACAGGUGCCUUAAGUAAUAACCUUGACUUAAAUUCUCCUAAAUAAAAGGAUUUUGAAAAUUAACUAAAAAAAACAAAAAGUUCAUUUAGUUAAAACAAUCCUUAUUUAUCGCAAAUUGACCAAAGUUUUAAUAUUGCUUCUGAAAAUGACCACAUUUAAUAAAAUAAUCACACAGAUCAUCAAAAACAAUAAAUAAGACCUCUUUCUUUAAGUUUGAACACUUAAUAAGAAAAUUAAAAAAAUGAAUUUAUUAAGUUACAGGAUUAAAACAUUCAAAAAUUAAAUUAAAAUUUAAUUAAAAAUAAGUCUGUAAUAGAAACAAAACCUUCAAUUUAGUCUCAAUAGCUAUCUAACGAAACUGAAUAAAAAAGUUUAAAAAAUUCUUUAUCAAGCAAUAAAUUGCCUAUAUUACCCUAAAUAAAAUACUAUUAUUCAUCAAAUAAAAAAUCCUAGUUCACGAAUAGAAUAUCAAAUAGCUUAAUUCAAAAAAACCUAAAUUAAGAUUCAAAAAGUGAUUAAAACUCAACAGAAAUUUAACCUUUUGCAAAAUGUUAUACAGAAGAUUUUUAGGCAGAUUCUUUUAUUCAAACAAACUCAUUUUACAGUCAGCUUGAAGGAGAUGACAGAGAUAAAUUAGAAGUAAUUACUAAAAUAGAUGGUGCAGAUUCAAUUUAAGUCGGUUCAGAUAAUCUUUUAAAAUGUGAUUAAUUUUAUGGCACUAAAAACUAAGAAUAAACAUCUCAAUAUGAUGAUAUAAAAAAAAGAAUGGAUUUAUUUCAUGAAAAGCUAAAAUUAGAAAAAGAAUAAAGUUCUAUAGAAAAACACCACAAACUAUUAAUCGAAAUGGAGAAUGUUUAACAGCAAGAAAGAUAAAAGAAGUAAAACAUCUAAUAGUCUGCUAUAAAAGUGAUCAACAAUAUGGAUGGAUAUAGACAACUAAAAUAAAAACUAGAGUCAAUAUAAUUAGCAAUAUAAGCAAAAUCUGAAAAAGGUACAGUUUCUAAGGAAACUAAAAAAGAAAUAAUGAAUAGGUUCUUUUCAUUUAUAAAAAACAUGGAUCUAGCCAAAAUUCAAAGUAAAAAAACAGACAGAUAUAAAUUUGCUGACUUUAGAGCUUUUGAAAAAGCUAUCGAGUAAAAAACUCAAAAUAUAAAGGCUCAACACUAAAAAAAGAAAUCCUCAUUAAUACAAAAAGCAAACCUAAUGCAAAAUUCUUCAUGA